AUGAGUUAUUCUGCAAUAUUUACAAAGAGUUUCCAAUAAGCUCACAACAAGGAUACAAGAAAAUUUAUUACAGGUUAAGUUAUUGAAAUGGAAAAACAACCGAAGCCGCAUGGAAAAUUAUUGCCUAGAUAAGUUCGACUUGAUGAACAAAAUAUGGUGCAGACUAAAAAUAAUAAAUCCAUAAAUUACCCAACUGGGUUUUUUUUGAUCACUAAAUAAGAAUUUGAUAUAUUACCUGAAAAUCAAAAAGCUUUUUUUAGAUGGACAAGCAAUUAGAACAAAAUAGUUAGAGUAUUAUUUGAUCGACAUAAUAAUGGGUAGAAUAAUGGAUAAAUACAAUAAUUUUAAAAACCAACUGCUGUUUAUUUUGAAACUCUUGAUAUGGGGUUGAGAUUUGUAGAAUUUUUGAAGUUCAAAAAUUAACAGAAACUUAAUCACUCCAAAGAUUUGCUCAAUAAAAUCAUGAAAGUGUGGUAUAAAAAAUCAGGUUUAGUUAUCAUCUCAAGACAAGUUGAAAAAAUACAUAAUGAGGCAUCUAAAAUUGAAUAAAAAAAACUAAAAGAUUAAAAUCAAUAUAUCUAAGAAUUUGAUGAAUUGCAGGAUUAUGAUAAAACAAAAUAUGAAUAAACAUUGAAGAUUCUAUACAAAAUGGCUGAAUAGGAGAAAAUUCAUUAGGAGUCAAUCUUGAAGCAAUAAAAGCUUUUGAAGUUGCAAGAACAAGAGAAAUUUAUAAAGUAAAAAGAGCUUUCAGCAGCCAGGGAAUUACUGAACCAUUGGAAGCAGAUUGCUGAUAAAAUAUUAAAAUAGAAGGAAGAUUUAGAAGAAGAAGAAUAAAGAAAAUUAGAAGAAGAGGAAAGGAAAUUGUAAUAAGAGAUUGAAGAUAUUGAAAAUGAAUAAUAAAGGAUCUCUCAAAUAUAGUAGUAGUCACAUAUACAACAAUAAUAACAAUAAUAAUAACAACAACAGUUACCUUAACACAAAGAUUUACAUCUUACAAAUUUUAAAUUAAUUAUAGGAUAACAUCUUAAGUUAUAUAAUCCAAUCUUAUAUAUUCAAUUUAAAGCUUCAGAUUAAAAAGGUCAUGGUAGAAUAGAAUUUGACAAAGGCUAAUUGAUCAAUUUUAUGUAAUUAGAUAUGAAGGGAUGGACAACUGAUUUAUAGGUUACUUUAUCGGGAUUUUAGAAUUAGGAUGUCUUAGAAAUUGUGAUUUAUGAUGACUAUCAAGAAGUGAAUGAGAAAAUCCUUGCAAGAACCUAAGAAUAAUAAAAUAAUAUCUAGGCUUUUUUGGCUGCUGCAAAGAAGGUUAUGCAAGGUAAAAUACACUUACUUGAAUUUGAGAAAAACUUAAAUAAUAAUCGAAGACAUUUUACGGGUUUAGAUGUGUCAGCCAAUCUAUAAUAAAAUGCAACAGGAAAUGAAUUAUUGAAUGUCCCUCUGUUAUAAAUAGACAUCCAUGAAGACUCUCCAUUUUAGAUUUAGAAUUCUACUGUUAAUCCAUUUUAUUUAGAUAUUAUAGAAAUGCCUUUUACAGCCUAAGAGUUGAAGAAUUUUGUUAAACAAUUGAAAACUCCUUGCAAUAGUUUGUAAGAGAAGUGGAAUUCCUUUAAGAUUGAAUCUUUGGAGAAUGCUCUUCAAACUAGAGGAUAAAUAUGGGUUAAUAGUAAAUAGUCAGAUGAUGAUUUGAUUGAAAUUCAGGAGUACAUCGUAGAAGAAUUAGGAACAGGGGAAAAAAAAAAUAAAUCUGCCUUAUUGGCUGAAUACUUGUAACUCAACCCAAUUCAAAAUAAAUAGUGUUUUGUUAAAAAUAAAAUAAUUGAUGCCUGUAAGAAAGGGUUUACUUAACAAUCUAGGAUUGAUUUAAUUCCUAUUUUCUUACAAUUUAACACAAAAGUAUAAAAAUAUGCAUAAGAUUUUGGAUUGGAAUGGAAUGAAAACGAAAACAUUUUAGAAAAAUAUUAUCAAAUGAAAAUUAUAGAUUAAGAUAUCAAAGAACUGAAUCGUAAUAAAAUGUAGAACUAUGUCAACAGUUUAUAAUUUAAACAGACGACUGUUUGGACAGAUCAAUAUAUAAAAAAGAUGCAGUAAUGGAAAAAUGAUAUUCCAUAUCUCUUGGAUUAUUUUGAAUUGUGGAAUCAUACAAAAAAUAAAAUGAUUUUGACUAUAAGACUGUUUUAACUUUUAUCUUAAAGGAUGCAACCUUGUGAUGAUUAUGUAUUUAAAGUAAUUCAAUGUUUGGAUUACAAAUUGAUGAUUCCUAAGAUUUAACAUGAUUAAAUUGAUGUUGAAUGGUUGAGAACCCAUUUGAAUAAUCUAUUCAGUGAUUUCUUUUAUUUUGAUAUAUGGUUAAGAGUAUUUGAUUACAUAAUUGGAAUUGGUUUUGUCAAUGGAGAUUUGAGUAAAGCAAUAGCUAGUGUAAUUGGUGGAAUUCUAACUGAAGUGGACUAUAAAUAAUAUCGAACCAAAGAAGAAUUCAUCACAGGAUUGACCAUUUAUGGUAAGUUAUUAUGUGAUCCUGAGAAAUUGAUAAUGGCAUGUUAUGACUCCUAUAAUCAACAAGAAUUUGUAUAUCUAAAUAAUGAUGAGUAAAUUUUUGAAAUUUUGACUUCAAAUGGUAACCCUUUGGAGUAAAUUUGCAAUGAGUAGAUUUAACAAUAAAAACCACAUUAAUAAAGCUUUAUAAUUGAUGUUCCUGAAGAACACGAAGGCUCCAUUUAUGAGAUCCAAGAAUAAUAGUAGUAAUCAGCAAGUUUACCAAGAAACUAAUCGAAGUUUCUGUUCAAAUAACAGAUUUAGAAAAUCCAUAUUUUGAUUCAUUCUUUGCAUUUACACCAAAUAACAUUUCAUGAAUAAAAUGUGGUUACAAUUUAGAACCAAAGAAAAAGUGAAUAAGAUGGAUUAUAUUUUGAAUUGCCAUUUGCUUCGUCUAUUUUGGAAAUUUAAAUAAACGACAAUUUUAAAGGAUAAAUUGACUUAGGCUACUAUAUGAUAAACACCAUUUACAAGAACUCAUUGAUCUUAAACGACAAUUAUGAUAUGCAAAGACACUAUCAAAUAUCUGAAUUGGAAUAUUCCAUUCUACUUGUUGGAGAAGGAUUGCCAUAUGAAAGAGUGAUUAGCAAGGAUACUGCUAUAAGUAAUUUUAAUGACCUUGCAUCACAAUUCAAGGUUUAACAUAACUUCUUAGCACAUCCAGAUGCUUUUAAGAGAGGGAAUUCUUUAUCUUAGACAGAAUUUAGAUAAUUGAUGAUGCAAUAUUUUAAAUUAAAUCCUGCAUCAUGUAAUUUGGAUGAAUUAUAUCAAAAGUUCCUAUUGGCUGGUAAUUAAUAAAUUUAUUUGAUUGAUAUUUUAUUGAAGUUAACCUAAGAUAAACAAAAAUAAUAAGAAGUAUUGAAUCUGUUCAUUCCAAAUGAAAAGGUAAGUCAUAAAUAGAUGAGGAGAGAAAAAUUAGAAAGCGGAGAUGUUAGAUUUUUAAAAGUUUUGAUUUCUGAUGAGAAUUACGAAUAAAGUGUUGAUUUAACAGAUUAUUUCAAUAAUUUGUUGAUAAACCAUUAUCUCAAGUACAACUCAUAUGAUAUCUUGUUUGUUGAUCAGAAUAACAGAUUAUACUUAUUAGACAAUGCAGGAUCGUUUUUAUAAUAGCUACGAACAUGUAAUGAUAUUGUAUAUUUCUAGAAACUUUGA